AUGGCAAUUUGCCUUUUUUUCACUUGUUUUCUCCACUCUCUCUCUGGAGUUCAAAAGCCCGAAAGAGAGAAAAUGCGCAACCGCAGCAGCAUGAUUCCAGAAGAGGUUUUCUUUGAAAUCUUGAUAAGAUUGCCAGUCAAAUCCAUACUAAGAUGUAAGUCUGUUUGUAAAUCUUGGUUGUCUCUAAUUUCUAAACCUAAUUUUGCUAAAUUCCAUCUUGAUAUUGCUGUUGAAAGAAAAAACAGUAGAAGUCUCAUUCUAAGAGGCCACAAUGAGUUAAUCUAUUCUAGAGUUUAUGAUGAAUCUCUAAAAUCGCCAUCAUUUAGUGAGAUCGAUGAAGAUUUUGUUGUUGGAAUUGAAGAUUACCCAUUGAAAUCUUCAGGUUUUAGAAUUAAAUUGGUUGGGUCUUGCAAUGGUCUUGUUUGUCUUUUGUUUUAUGAUAAUGACCGGGUGAGUUCUAGUGUGGAAGAAAUUUUCUGUGUUUGGAACCCAGCAACUAAAGAAUUCAAGAAGAUACAUUUUCAGUUAUCAGAGUCAUUUGAAAUUUGCAAAUAUGCUUUUGGUUAUGAUUGCCAGAAUGACGACUAUAAGUUGCUACGUCUUGCAUUUGGAGGUGCAGUUAGUGUUUAUACAUUAGGCUCAAAUUCGUGGAAAACCAUUCCAUCCAGAAAGCAUUACUGGUUGUCUUAUGGGAAGGAGGUAGUUGUUAAUGGAUAUAUUCAUCGGUUUGCUGUACCAAGGAACCAGUUGGACCAGAUGAUCAUAGUAUCAUUGGAUAUCAGUAAUGAAAAUUCAAAGAAAUUCAACUACCGAAAGAAGUUUUUGAGUACAAAUGCUUGGAUAUUAUUGCUAAUGGAGUUUUGGAAGGGUGCCUCUGUUUACUUGUUAAGGUUGAUGAGGUUGGUGUUGAAGUCUGGGUAAUGCAAGAUUAUGGAGUUCGUGAGUCUAGGACUAAACGUUAUGUUAUCACCAAUGAGAUUGUAACUAACUGCCGUCAUUUGUCGAUUCUGUGGAAUUUUAAAAAUGGUGAGAUUCUAUUUAUGGUUUCUGGUGGGCUGAUAUUAUAUGACCCAAAACGUGGAAGUGCUAUUGAAAGAAAGUUGACUAGUCUAACAGGUUUUAAAUUAGAGAAGAAGUAUGUAGAAACUUUCGUUUCGCUGAAUUCUGGUACCUACACGGGGCGAGGACAAAUAGAGGAAUCAGCUGAAAGUUGAAACACGGAUGAGAAGAAGGAUAAGAAGCAUACUAGAUGGUGCUUCAUUGGAAAACGUUGAAUGAUUCUUUUACUUUUCUCAUUUACUAUUCCUAGUAUGUCUUAGCCAAAUGGUUUAGCUUUUGGAAGUUCUACAUUCGUCCAAAAUAAUUCCAUUAGUGAUUUUUGCUACCCUUCAGAUACCUUUUAACUUUCUACGCUUUAUGUUUGCUUGUUGAUUGUUCUCAUGAUCCUUUGGAUUGAUGUUCCGUUGUCACAUACUUGGGGCGAGUUAUAACGCUCUUGUAUACUAAUCUGAUGAGCAUUGCAGUCUAUCAUGUAUUUACUCAAGAUGUCCUUGUUAAUAAAAUCUUUUACUAGGGGUUCUGGUACUGUAUGUACUGAAUGAAUUUACAUAACAUUGAAUUGAAAUCUUUUGAUGAUGUUUUUUAGUCUAUUACUACCUGGGAUGAGGCUCAUGUGUAACUAGAGAAAAUUAGUCCGUCUCUGAUGUUGAUUUACUGUGCAUAUUACUCUCCAUCCAUGGGAGAUUUUAGUCUUACUGAAAGUGUCUGCUGUUUAUAUCCAUGGGAGAUUUUAGUUUUCUUAUUCACGACCAAAGGUUUAUCUUUGUUAAGUGAUGUGGUCGAAGUAUGUAGUCGAAGCUUUAUGCCCGCCUACCGUUUUUUGUUUUAGUUCUCGUCGGAGAUAUUUGAACGGCUCCUAAUUUGUCG